AAAAAUAGUUAAGGUCACCUGCUCCUUGUCUCCAUCUGUUUUCAACGGUAACAACCCAUAUCUACUGCCAUGGCUGAAAUGGACAAGAUAAAAAAGGAGGCUGAGGCCCUGAAGACACAGAUUGAAGUGGCUCGCAAAACAGCCCAUGAUACAGACUUGGCCACUGCUGCUGCUGGGGUGUCCCCAACACCCACCAUACAGCCUAAGACCCGGAGGACACUGAAAGGCCACCUGGCUAAAAUCUAUGCUCUGCACUGGGCUACAGACAGUAGGCUAAUGGUCAGUGCUUCACAGGAUGGCAAACUCCUUAUAUGGGAUACCCACUCUGGAAACAAGAUAAAUGCUGUUCCCCUCAAAUGCUCAUGGGUAAUGACCUGUGGAUAUUCCCUAUCUGGAAACCUUGUCGCCAGUGGUGGUCUUGACAACAUCUGCACUAUCUACAACAUGAGGACACCCGUUAUCAAGACUGUGAAAGAACUGGAUGCACAUACAGGUUACCUGUCCUGCGUCCGGUUCCUUAGUGACAGUGAGGUCCUUACUUCCUCUGGUGAUACCACCUGCAUUCUGUGGGACAUAGAAUCUGGCAAGCAGAAGACAGUAUUCCUGAAUCACGUAGGUGACUGCAUGUGUCUAGCUCUGUCCUCUGACAUGAGCACGUUCAUCUCUGGGGCCUGUGAUUCGUCGGCCAAGCUGUGGGACAUCAGGGAUGGCAAAUGCAAGCAGACUUUUCAGGGCCAUACCAGUGACAUCAAUGCCAUUGCUUACUUCCCCAGUGGACAUGCUUUUGUGACAGGCUCAGAUGACUGCACCUGCAAGACCUUUGACAUCCGCUCUGACCAGGAAGUGCUGAGUUAUGAGGACAUUCAGAUGAACAGCGGCGUGACCUCUGUGUCCCUGUCCGUGUCUGGCCGCCUCAUUCUUGCUGGCUAUGACAACUUCAACUGCAACAUAUGGGACUCGUUGAAGGGCGAGAAAGUCGGAGUGCUGGCUGGCCACGACAACAGGGUGAGCUGCACCGGUGUGCCAUUGGAUGGCGUGUGUGUAUGCACCGGUUCAUGGGAUAGCUUUCUGAAGAUCUGGAACUGA